UUCGUGUUUUUUUUUUUUUGUGACCAACAGAUCCGACACCACCUACACGAGUUCCGGACGAAAUUUUCCCCGAUGAACGAUUCUGGAACUCGAUACACGGAAUUUAAUUUUUUUAAAAAAUGUCAAGGUUGGACCCGCUGUGGUCUGAUUUGAUAUUGUAAUGUCAAUAUUUAAACGUGUCAUGUUAGACAAAUAUUAACAAUAUUAUUGUAAACACUCAAUCAAUUAUUCCGCUUGACUAUUUCGGGAAUUUACGUGGAUGCUUUUACGAUUCCGAUUGUUUGUUUUUUUUUCCCCGAAAAGUUAAAUACAAGAGUUUUUUGACUUCGUAAAAGACCAUGCUGGAUAUUUAGUUUAAAAAUGUCAAAUACUCAUUCACCAAAUUGUUGAUAUCAGACAUAAGACAUCGAUGGUGCAUCUCGGCGGUGAACGGCUGGCGCCCGGACGACGGCCACGGACGUGAUGAACUCGUCGGCCUCUCAUCACGACGAGACGGCCGCCAAUCGGUCGUCGUCGUCGUCGUCGCCAUUCCCAGAGUGGAACGGCAACUGGUCCGUAGUGUUCUGUCCUGUGUUCGAGGGUGACGGGACGGACGAGGACGACUACAACCUGCUGUUCGAGUUCAUCACCUACGGAGUGCUGCUGAACGUUAUAGGCGUGUUCGGCAUACUGGGCAACGUGAUAUCCAUGGUGAUUCUGUCCCGGCCGCAGAUGAAGUCGUCCAUCAACUACCUGCUGAUCGGUCUGGCCAGGUGUGACACGGUGCUGAUUGUUACGUCCGUGCUGCUGUUUGGAUUGCCAGUGGUCUACCCGGCCACCGGACACCUGUUCAACUACUACUUCAAGGUGUACCCGCUGAUCGCGCCUGUCGUCUACCCUAUAGCGAUGGUCUCGCAGACCGUAUCAGUGUAUCUGACGCUCACCGUCACACUAGAGCGGUUCGUGGCCGUCUGCCACCCUCUCCGCGCCCGGUCCCUAUGCACCUACGGCCGGGCCAGGGCCUACGUGGUGGCCACCAUCGCGUUCGCCGUCCUCUACAACGUCACGCGGUUCCUGGAGGUGCGUGUCCAGAAAUGCAUGCACACCGGUUACAACCAGUACGUGUACCAGGUAUACCCCAGUGACCUGCGCAACGACCGCGACUACAUAUCCGUUUACAUACACUGGAUGUACCUGCUCAUCAUGUACUUUAUACCAUUUGGGUCGUUGGCCGUGCUCAACGCCGCCAUAUACCGCCAGGUGAGGAGGGCCAACAGAGAGCGACAGCGGCUGUCACGGCUGCAGAAGAAAGAGAUCGGGCUGGCCACCAUGCUGCUGUGCGUGGUGGUCGUGUUCCUGCUGUGCAACGUGUGGGCUCUCAUAUCGAACGUGGUGGAGGCGUUCUACGGCAUCACCGUCGACCAGCUGGUCAAAGUCAGCAAUCUGCUGGUGACGAUCAACUCGUCCGUCAACUUCGUCAUCUACGUGAUAUUCGGCGAGAAGUUCAAGCGGCUGUUCUUCAAGCUGUUCUUCCCGAGAGGCGUGUGGAUGUGUGGCUGGCACUUCGCCACCGACGGCCGGGGAGGCCCAAGUGGUGGCGGCGGCGGUGGCCACGCGGCCAUUGACGACAGCGAGGCCACGUGCAACGGGGCGACGGCGUUUGAGUGCAGACAAUUAGCCGCCGCUGUGGGCGGUUCCUCCUCGUCCACUGACCACUUCAAGCGGUCUCACUACAGCCGUCACCAUUACCAACACCACCAUCACCAUCAUCACCACCAUCACCACCGGGACGGUAACCGUCUGGACCACCAAUAUGGGACGGCGACUAACGGCGGAGGUGGAUGUGGUAACGGGGGUAACGGUGCAUCCGACGACAGGGAACUCUGCUCGAAGACUCCUACCAACAGCGGUCUGAUGUGGGAACACUCAACCACUACCACUACGACCACUGUGAACGUACAUCAGAUCUGAGCUUUGACAGUUUUCAAGUGUUUUUGACAUUGUCAUGGAUACUUCACAAAACUUGUGUGUGAUUUUUUUUUGUUUUUUAUUAAACAAAUAUUAUAUCAAGUUACCAAUUUAAUGCUAUGGAGGUGAAAAGGAUGAUGGUGAGAAAGAGGAUGCCAGCUAGACGAGUAUCAUGGGACUUGGAAGGAUAAAAUAUUUCAUGUUAGACUCGAACAGACGGACGAACGGACAUUAUUAUUACUGUCUGAAAUCUAUAUAUAAAUUAUGUUUCUCACAACGUUCAAAAUUGAAUUAGGAAAAAAAAUUGGUCGGCUACUAUAAUAAAUAUCAUAUGAUACAUGAUCGGUUGUGCUAUCAUCUCGAUAGUCGAUUACAUGAAAUAUUGGCAACGGGUGAUUCGAUAUAAUAUUUUACGUGGAUAGGUAUUUUUUUCUACCAACUUCGUGGUUCACUGAACGUCAUCUAUUUGAUCGUGAAGCAUUAAGAUCAUUAUAAGCCAGCACCCUCGGGACGAUCACUCGCCAUUUCGGCUACAUGAAAGACGGCGAUUGGUAUCUACAUACAUGAUACCUACAAUCAAAGUUAGGCAAGUAAACUCAUUUUUUUUAACUUGUUAAAUUGUGUUGAUAGUGAAGAAUUACAUGUUUUAGUUCUUUUUAACUUGUAAAAAUUGCAAGGUAAAUAACAAAUUAAGUAACUAAGGGAAAUCAUCAAAUUAAUUGUUUUUUAACUGGAUAUGUACAAUUCACUCCAAAACGCAAAAAAGUAAAUUUGAUAAAAUUAUUCACAUUAAUUACUAAGUAUUUUUUUUACGUACAAAACAAUAAUUCGUACGAAACAAAAUAUGCAUUUUAAAUAUAAUAUUGAGUUAAAUUAUUUAAAAACAAUAUUUAAUAAAUGUGACUUUACAAUCAAUCAACUGAUUAGUAACUGCAUAUCACGGAAUACGUUUUUAAUUUUUACUCCAGUCUAACCUAAUACUUGCUAGUUACAAAUAAUUCAACUUUUACUUUUUAACUCGUUUAUGUCCAGCCUCCCACAUUAUGCGUCAUAUUCAGGAAACGACGCGCAUGCGAGUAAUAUAUAAUAUGGUUUUACAAUUUUAAUAAAUGCCCUUGAUAGUAUACAGAAAGUAUGUAAAGGUAUAUGCGAGUGGAGAUUCGUUGAUUCAAUAUCGAACGUUUAAAUGCAAGCAAAUUAUAUUUCGUCUUCAGUACCUGUCAAAUAAAAUCAAAUAGUAAAAAAAUUAAUCGUUCGGUUUUUUUUAUCGUCACCGUUAUUGUUGUUAGUAAGCGACACGUGUCGCUUUUUUGUAGUUUUAUUUGUGUGCAUUAUAGUCAAAUGUAAGAUAUACACAUAAUUCAAAUAAAUUGAAUAAUAAUUAUUUAAUUAUUUAAUCGUUAUAAUAAUAUUUCCCCGUACUGACCGAAAGAAUUUCUAUGAAAAAUGUAGUGUUUAUAUUAUUUUAUUGUCACGAGUACGCAUUCUGAUUACGUAACUUGUUUUGCUUACAUCCCAAAUGACCUCACUGUCUCCACAAUAAUAUUGUACUUUACCGGGAAAUCCGAAUCUCGUGUUCGUAUAAAUUUAAAAACGAAUACACUUUUUAUUUUUUUCCGAGCAAAAUUCAAAGACUUUCAGAAAUUUGGAACCUUACGCGUGAUUCUUACACAGAAACGCGGACGAACAUCUGCUGCAUACCUAUACGUGGCGUAUGUCAAAACGUCACUCGGAUUUUAAUCUCAUUUCCCGCCCGCAAUCUGACCCCAAAGCCAAAACGUACCAAUGAUACCUAACAUUGGUAUAAUAUAGGGCCUGAAGACCGAAGAAGUGGUGGUUUCGUCUUUUUAUAUCCAAACAUAAUAAUUGAAAUCCCCCCAAGCACGUCAGAGAUCGCGAAUUCAUCUAAUAUUAUCAUGUACUAUAUAUUAUUAUUAUUAUUAUUAUUAUUAUUAAGUUGUGUUUACGUGCAUGUAUAUACCGAUUCCCGUGUUUAUAUUCAUAUAUAUACUUUGUGUAACGUGUAUGUAUAUAAUAUUAUUUGUGUUCGUGUGUGUCAUUGUACCUACGUUAUAUUGUAUAACAAUAUUCGUGUGGGUGGUAAUACUUCUUUUUCGGUACUAUGUCAUGGCGUUAAGGUUGAGAAUAUUAUA